AUGUCGAUGAAUUUGAUUCAUCGCUUGCAGACAUGGUCUUCGAAACAAGUUUUUAUUCUUUUUGCCGCAUUUUUAGUUUAUGUUCUCGCCGAUGGCGCAACGUUUUCCUUUGGACUUUACGUGGAUGAAUUGAUUACUGAGUAUUCGAAAACGAAAUCCAAAACAGUUCUACGCACAAGCACAAUAGCUGCAAUGACACAGUCAAUUCCUCUCCUUCUCAGUCCGAUUGUAUGUCGAUGGACGACAAAGUUCGGGGCUAGCUCAGCGUCACUUAUUGGAUGUAUUGUUUCGGCUAUUGGAUAUAGUCUUCCGUUUAUUCUUCAAUUUUAUAAGACAUUUUGGAUACCAGCGAUUGGUUAUGGAUGUUUAUUAAGCAUUGGACUUGCAUUUUGUUAUGUACCAGCAUAUUUAACAUUGCCAUUCUAUUUCGAAGAUGAUCGAGGUACAGCGACGGGUUUAGCUGUAUCGGGAAGUGGAGUUGGACAAGUUUUAUUAUCAGUUCUUGUCAAAGCAUGUAUUUUGGAAUAUGGAUGGCGUGGUGCGUCAUUAAUUACAGGCGGCUUAUUUUUCUUUAUGAUUAUAGCAGUCUUAGCGUUCCGUACGCCUUCGACAUCGGAUCUAUCAUCUGUUACUCAGCCAGAAACUGAACUUCGAGAAAAUCUCGUUCAUUCCUCUAUUGCUGUAGCAAUAGAAGACACAGAACCACGAGAAGAAAUAAGCAUCGAUCGCCCAUCAUCUCGUCGUUCUCGUGGUAUGACUAUCGCCCAAGUUCUUCCACUUCUUAUCUCAUCUGUACCUGUCCGUGCCGGGGUCACGAUGCCGCCUACCGAACCAUCGACAAAUCGGCGACACUCGUUGAAUAUUCGACCACGAAAUUUUACAGUUUGUACAGAACCUUCUACUAGACAAACUACAACGUUUGUGCCUACGACAGAUUUUCGGAGAAAACGUGCGAAAACCAUUGCAGUUCCACCAUCAACUACACAGAAAUGGAGUGGAUCCCUUGAACGUAUUCGUCCACCUCCACUAGCACCCAUUGCUUCAGCAGAAGAAAGCAGCGAUGAAGAACAACAUUCAUCAUCGUCUUUGUCCUCAUCACAAUUACCAUCAUUACCUUCAGUGCGUCUACCACCAGUCGAGCAAAUGGAUCUCUUAGACGAACCUGUCAAUGAACAACAUUGGCUGCUCAACUAUCGUUUUCUUCUCUUUUGUUUUUCAAAUUUCGCCCUCUGUCUUGUUAUGGGUGCUCCAUACGUCAUCUUUCCAAAGUAUAUCUCUGAAACGUUCCAAAAUCAAGGAUAUUUAGCAUCCUGGACAUUAUCAAAUAUGGGCAUCGCAUCAGGUGUUGGCCAAAUUCUUCUUGGUUAUCUUCAUGAUCGAAAAAUCUUUUCCGCUUGGAUCAUGUACACAUUUUCCGUGAUCAUUUCCGGAGCGUCAUUGGUCAUUCUCGCUCUAUUUCGUUACAAGGCCGUCGUUCUAAUCUGUGCAUUUAUGUACGGGUUAGCAAUCAGCGCCAAUUAUGCUUUACAAGUCCUGAUUGUUAUCGAUGCUAUAUCAAUGGAGAAAAUGACGAACGGGUUUGGAAUUUUACAAUUUUGUCAAGGUGUUAGCACUCUCAUUGGUAUUCCUAUUCAAGGUUUAUUACGUGAUGUUAGUCAUACAUAUAAGCUCUCGUUUCUUACAUCGGGAUUUAUAAUCAUAAUUUCUGGUCUCAUUAUGUUUCUCUGGCCAUGUUUAAAGGCGAAAAAACCAACUCGUGUAGACAAUGGCCAAGAAUAG